GGGGAGAACCGGCAGCUCUGGUCCUCGGGGCAUCACCUCAAGUCGUGCCGCGACGUGGCUUUCUCCCAGGAUGGGCAGAAGCUUUUCACUGUGUCCAAGGACAAGUCAAUCCACAUCCUGACAGUGGAGGAGGGACGGCUGGAAACGCGAUUUCCCAAGGCACACAGCUCAGCCCUCAAUUGUGUGCUUCCCAUCAAUGACCACGUCUUUGCCACGGGGGAUGAUGGUGGGACUGUGAAGGUGUGGGACCUGCGCAGGGGCGAUGCCAUCCUGGAGGCACGGCAGCAGGAGGAGUACAUCAGCGCCAUGGCCGUGGAUGGCAACGGGAAGAUCCUGCUGACUGCCAGCGGUGAUGGCACCUUGGGUGUCUACAACGUGAAGAGACGGCGCUUUGAGCUGCUCUCAGAGCCGCAGAAUGGGGACCUGACGUCUGUCGCACUGCUGAAGAGGGGGAGGAAAGUGGCAUGUGGCUCCAGCGAAGGAACCAUCUACCUCUUCAACUGGGAUGGCUUUGGGGCUGCCAGCGACCGCUUUGCACUCAGGGCAGAGUCCAUUGACUGCAUGGUGCCUAUCACGGACAGCAUCGUGUGCGUGGGAGCCCUGGAUGGAGUCAUCAG